UCCUGAGACAACCACCACCGCUCCCCGGCCUUCCCUACAAGAACCCAUAGAUGCGGCUCAGCCUCAUUGUUCCUCGACAUCUCAAAUAUCCCCGUUUCUCGGCCACAUUCGAUGCAGGGUCAAGCACAAGCAGGAUCCCGAGGUCGGGACAUGGCCUCUGAUUACAAGCUGAGGGGCUGUCGGUUACAUGCAUGUAGCCGUCUUGGGAAGAGCUUCGGUUAUGGCGUUGUGAAUUCGAGUGCGAAUGACUCUCCUCCAUGAGCGUUCUGCUCGGCCUGCUGUUCUGUUAUCCAACCUUCGGGAUGCUUGGAUAUAUCGACGGAAUGGCUACUCCAGACACCUCAUAAAAGCGCCCUGACACCCAAUCUCACUGCUCCACCAAAACCCAGAAGUCAACUAGACCGAGGUUAGAUAUCACAGUACUCUCUCCCCAAAACAAGCCUUGAAGUCCUCCCACCGCAACCACCAAGAUGAUACCUCACCGCUCGCGGCACCUAGGCCGCAAACUCUCCCUCUCACCUCGCAUCCUUUCCUGCCGCUUCUCCACCACCACACGCCGCUCCGGCUACGACGACACGAUCACAAACCUCAAAAUCGGGAAGCACACUCGAGUCAUUUUCCAAGGCUUCACAGGCAGGCAGGCCACCGCCAAUGCGAAAGAGUCGAUCGAAUGGGGCACCAACAUUGUUGGAGGCGUCAAGCCGAACGGUUCGGGCGAGCACCUGGGACUGCCUGUGUUGCCGUCUGUGAGGGCCGCCAUGGAGCAGCUGAAGCCGGAUGCGACGGGUAUCUAUGUAGCGGCGCAUCAGGCGGCAGCGGCGAUUGAAGAGGCCAUUGAGGCCGAGGUGCCGCUGAUUGUGGCGGUUGCGGAGCACAUUCCGGUGCAUGAUAUCAUGAGGAUACACUCGAUUCUAGCCACACAGUCAAAGUCCCGGUUGGUGGGCGCCAAUGCUCCUGGUAUCAUCUCAGCAAUUGGUCACUGUAGGAUCGGUUUCCAACCUCUACCUACCUUCUCCCCUGGCCAUAUCGGGAUUGUAGCCAAGUCCGGGACGCUGUCGUAUGAGACUGUCGGCUCAUUGACGCGUGCUGGCUUGGGACAGAGUUUAUGCGUUGGAAUGGGCGGAGAUGUGAUUGCAGGGACCGAUUUCGUGGACGCUCUCAAGGUGUUUGAGACUGACGAAGAUACGGAGGCUAUCAUUCUCGUGGGAGAGGUGGGAGGCACGGCGGAGGAGGAGGCGGCGGAUUGGAUUCGGGAUUACAAGAAGCGUGUUACCGAUCCCAAACCCAUUGCUGCCGUUAUAGGCGGCUUCAACGCUGUCCCAGGAAAGGUCAUGGGCCACGCUGGUGCAUGGACCGGUCUUGGAGAGGGUACUGCUGAGUCCAAGUAUAAGGCGCUGGAGAGUGCUGGUGUCACCAUGGUGGACCAUCCGGCGAAGUUUGGCGGUGUCAUGAAAGAGAUUCUGGCGAAGUCUGGCCGGAAUGUAAGAAAGAUAAAACAAUCCACCGCCCAAACCAAACAACAAAGCCGUUCAUACCACACCUACCGGCGUCCUGUCGUCCCCUCUGCCUUCUCUCCCCACGUCCUUGACCGCCACCAACAUCGCUCCCUCCACCUCUCCCCCUCCCAAUCCACCACUCUCCUCCAAUCCUACGAAAUAUCCGUCUCCUCCUCCACCACCUCCUCCCCCAACACCCCCAACACUUCCUCCACCCACUUCCUCGGCAUCACCAUCGCCCGCUCCGCUCGCAAACCCUGCAUCAUCGCCGCCCCGCCCUCGCACCCGAACCACCUCCCCACCCGCGUCCACCGCUUCCCCUUCGACUACCUUUCCGGCCCCUCCCACGAAGCCAUCACCUCGGCCCUCGCCCACGCCCAGCUCGACGCCGCGCCCGCGAAGGCAAAAGCCGAGGCCGCCGCUCUGAUACGGAAACUGUGGACGUUAUUCCGUGAGAAAGAAGGGAUCCAAACGAGCGUGAGUCUGACUGUUAAAGAAGAGGAAGGGGAAGGGGAAGACGGGAUUGAUGUCUACGAACCGUAUCUCUUCUUCGACGACGCGGCGUUUAAGAGUAACGGGCGGCAUGCGGAGCUCCACGCUCUGCGCGACCCGAGCACGAUACCAGAGGUGGAGCUCGAGGCCGAGAGGAAUGGAAUCGUAUUCGUACGGCUCGAUGCUCCGGUCCAGGGCUCAAAUGCAGCAGAGUCACAUGUCGAUUCGCAGGACGCAUCCGCUCCUCCGAAAGAAAAGGGGCCUAGGAACUUCAUAGGCACCCUCGUCAACGGCGCAGGCCUCGCAAUGAAUACCAUCGACGUUCUGCAUUUCCGCCUCUCCCAGCACUCCGACUCUCCAACAUACCCCUCAAACUUCCUCGACACAGGCGGCAAAGCCACCGCCUCCACCAUCGCAACCUCGUUCCAGCUCAUCCUUUGCGACCCCCGCGUCGCCGUCAUCUUCGUCAACAUCUUCGGGGGGCUGACGCUGUGCGACAUGAUUGCCGAGGGCAUCAUCAUGGCGUUCAAGGAAGUGGGGGUCGAGGUUCCUGUCGUCGUGAGGUUGAGGGGUACGAAUGAGGAGGUGGGGAGGAGUGUGUUGGCAAGGGCUGGGUUGCCGAUUCGUGCGUUUGAGGACUUUGAGGAUGCGGUUAGGGAGGUGGGGAGGUUGGCUGGGAGGGCUGCGAGGGGCGAAGGAGUAGAGGAGUGAAGAGUGGGUUGUUUGUUGUUGGAAAGGGAUGGAUUGGGAAACGUAAGCACGUCUUCAAUGAGGAGCUGGGUAUGAUCUAUGCAUAUUCGAGGGAGGCGUGGGUAGAGAGAGAGAGAGCCAUGAGCAUUUGCAUAGCGUAUCGUAUAUUCGGUUGAAUAGGUUCUUGCUUCAACAUGCGCAAUCGCACAUGUCGAUCGGGGUUGGCCCAAGCACAAAGCAACUUGUGCAUAUAUUGUGACCAGCGGUGCUACCUCACAAGCU